CGUUCAACAAUGACGGAGACAGCUCCGUGGCGGCUAAUUGCCGACUCUAACUUCAAUGGAAGAUCAUUGGCCCAAGUCAUGCCCGCGAACUCCGCAAAGUGACUUUCUGGCAUAGUACCCAUCGCUGCUCAAGCAGCAAGGUUAAUGAUGCGGAUACAAGCCGAGACUUUAGUGCGAACAGCAGUACAAUGCUCGACGCAGCCUACGUUAUGGGCAGGUGCCUGCAGAGUGCCCAAGUCAGGUUUGACCAGCUGGACUUGUCCAACAUGCCGAGUCCGUGCCUACACUACUCGGAGAACCGCUGCCCUGUAUCAUGACCGAAGACAAGCUUUCACAACCAGUGUGGCUCGCUACGAACCAGAUAGAGAAGCACGGGCGCAGCCCGUCAGCCCAACUCGAACCGUAUCUGCCGCAGAAACCCAUAGUAAAGACACAAGCAGCGCCCAACUACCUUCACACGUUGCAAACAGACGAUGGCAGCUUUCGAAAGACAUGACGAGGCUCGUAGAUGGUAUCCUGGCGCGUGCGUCGAUCGCGGGUCAAUACAUCAACGUCCAUACCGGCACCGACUACUCCGGCAUCGAAACGCUGCGCAAAGGGAUAAUCGCGCAGGAACAGACGGUCAGAAACUGCCAACGCAAGGUGGACGUAGCAAAGACUGAGCACCACGAGUCUUUCUCUCAGCAAGCAGCCGCGCAAAAGGAGAUUGUAAGCCUGCUGGAGCGGAAGAGCAGCUGGUCUCCGUCAGAUUUGGAACGCUACAUGAGCCUCGUGCGAUCUGAGCACAACAACGAUCAGGCGGUGCAGGCCGCUAAAGACAGCCUUGAUGCUGCUGAGAGGGAGCUGGAGGAUGCGCGGUCGCUCCUGGAGAGGUUGGAGCGGAAGCAGUACCAUGAGGAGCAGAUAUGGAGCGACACUAUUCGACGGAAUAGUACGUGGGUUACGUUCGGUUUGAUGGGUGUCAACAUUGUGUUGUUGUUGGCGCAGAUAUUGAUCUUCGAGCCGUAUCGGAGACGGAAGAUUGUGCGGGAUGUCAAGGUGGCGCUUGAUGAGAAAACGCUGCAUGCGCCAGCACGACCUCAGGCGGAGCGGCAGGUUGACGAAGUGGUUGAGCCGGCUGGUACGCCUAUAGAGGUCGUCGAAGCUGCUGUAGAAGAGGCGCAGCGUGCUGGUCAGCCUCGAAAUGAACUGCUUGGGGAGGCAGAGCAAUCGGCAUCCACGGCGGCUGCAGUAGCCGCUCCCACGCCAGAAAAGCAAGACGCCUUUGCAGUCCUGGCUAACGAUAUGAAGGAAGUGCCGCUGCAUAGCCCGAGAAAAACCGGCGUUCUCGAGAAUUACGGGGCGGCCAUUCGCGAUCUGUUCAGUGAGCGCCUGAUCCAGAUCAAGCAAGUCGAGCUAACGACUGUUGCAUUGCAAGGUGCGGCAACUGGCGUGGCGAUGAUGGGCUUGCUCUUCGUCCUGUUGAGACCUAGGUAGGUUCUAAACAAGAGUGCACUCUCCAAGCAUGCAUGACUU